AUGGAACCUAUGCGGCGUAACCGUCAUCGACGACGCAGCGACUGGACUGCAACUGAAGAGGGUAGCAGCAGUUCGCACCCUAGACGCCCUCGGUUGAGCCCUGAGCCGAGUACGAGUUCCGAACCGGCGGCUUCACUCCCUUCAUUUGCCGAAGGUGCCGCCGACGAAGAGACAGAACCCAGCCAAGUUGUUGACGAAGAGAUGGCAGAACCUAAUCACGCCGCUGGUAGUGAAACGGUAGAACUGGGACAAGGUGCCGUUGGGAACGUGGUAGAGCUAGAUCAUCAAGACAAGCUCCUUUUUUUUGCCUGUCACACUGUGCUGCACGGUACCAGCACCGCGGAGCUGAGACGAAUGAUGAUGUUGAUAGAAGUGGCCACAGGAAGGGCAGCAAAUAUUUGUGUGGCGGAUGUGACGAGAUUCAUGGAUAAUCUGAAAAGUGACAUACGCUUAAGAAAUCACGCAUUUUGCAGUUCAUGCUUUCGAACACUGGUGAAUAAACGCGCCUUGUGCGCCAAUCUCAGCUGCGACCUAUAUGGAAUUCAUCCCAAGCGUUCGAAGUCGUUGAGAAGGCCAUCAUUGUCUUUGCUGGACAUUCGGCCACAGAUGGAGAGCGUACUUGCUACACAUUUGUCCCUACUGAUCAAUGUACAUCGGCGACUCCAUGAAAGUUAUUUUGAUUCUGGGACGCGCUCCGAAGCCACUGAUUUCCCCAUGUUCAAGAACAAUGUUGAGUCGCCAGACGAGUUCUCCAGACAUAUAAUGAGCCUGCAGUUGACCAUAGCCACCGAUGGAUUUGUACCAGCACGGCUAAGCAGGCAGGAGCUUUGGCCAUUAUAUGUGCGCGUUGAUGAUCUUCCAUCGAAAAUAGGAAAUAAUUAUCUCAAUAUAAUCAUGGCUGGUGUGCUGUGGACGUCAAAAACACCCCACGAAGAGCUGUGGGAGGGUUUAUGGACUCACCUGGCUACAGAGCUGGCUCUGGUGAACUCUGAGCCCCUGCAGAUCCUUGACAAUGAGAAUUUGCUCUUGGCAAAGAUCAAAGAGCUUGAGGGGCAAGUAAACUCCCUCAAGCAGAUGUGCAAGCGCAAUGGCGCAGCGACUCACGAAACAUCGGGAACAAUUUUUGCCUACGAAAAUCUGAAAGGACAUCACGUGAUCAAAUAUGAUUCUCCAUUUAAGGAAGCAGUCCUGAACGAUAUUCUAAGGGCAUACGCCCCGACAAACAGAGUGAAACACAAAACAUGCCUUGUCAUCACGGAGUUCCUGCGCACAGUAUUCAAACAGGUGUGGUGGUAUAAAUACAUGAUUGUUGACAUGCCCUUGAAAUGCUAUAAUGCUAAGCUGUUACCAAAGUUCCGCUCGUUUUCAUUCCUUUUUUGA